AGCCCUGUGCUCAGCCGGCAGCGAGCAGAGCGGACCGCACCGGCCCUAGCAGAGCGCCGCGCGUGCCCACCCACGAGGCCAGACUCCUGACUGUGCUGGUGUGAAAGCAGCACUCCUGAUCGUGGUCCCUGAGUCAUGGAGUCACCUCUGCAGACAGAGAUGGUGGAGUUGGUGCCCAAUGGCAAACAUUUGGAGGGGUUACUCCCACUGGGUAUGCCCACCACAGGCAACCAUAGGGCUGAGGACCCCAGACAAAGCUGUGUGGAGGGCAAGAGCUUCCUACAGAAAAGCCCCAGCAAGGAGCCACACUUCACAGACUUUGAAGGGAAGACAUCAUUCGGGAUGUCCGUGUUCAACCUGAGCAAUGCUAUCAUGGGCAGUGGUAUCCUGGGACUCGCCUACGCCAUGGCCAAUACAGGCAUCAUCCUUUUCCUGUUCCUGUUGACAGCGGUUGCCCUGCUCUCUAGCUACUCCAUCCACCUGCUCCUCAAGUCCUCAGGGAUCGUGGGCAUCCGUGCCUACGAGCAGCUAGGCUACCGUGCCUUCGGGACCCCAGGAAAGCUGGUGGCAGCCCUGGCCAUCACGCUUCAGAACAUCGGAGCCAUGUCCAGCUACCUGUACAUCAUCAAGUCUGAGCUGCCUCUUGUCAUACAGACCUUCCUGAACCUGGAGGAGCAGACCUCGGUUUGGUACAUGAAUGGGAACUACCUGGUGAUCCUGGUGUCCGUGACCAUCAUUCUUCCCCUGGCACUGAUGCGACAGCUUGGCUAUCUGGGCUACGCCAGUGGCUUCUCUCUCAGCUGCAUGGUGUUCUUCCUAAUUGCAGUCACCUACAAAAAGUUCCAAGUUCCAUGUCCACUGCCACCCAACUUGGCCAACAUCACGAGCAACUUCAGCCACGUGGAGGCGAUGGAGAAGACACAGCUGCAGGGCAAGCCUGAGUCUGCUGCCCUCUGUACCCCGAGCUACUUCACACUCAACUCACAGACAGCAUACACCAUCCCCAUCAUGGCCUUCGCCUUCGUCUGCCACCCUGAGGUGCUGCCCAUCUAUACAGAGCUCAAGGACCCCUCCAAGAAGAAGAUGCAACACAUCUCCAACCUGUCCAUUGCUGUUAUGUAUGUCAUGUACUUCCUGGCUGCCCUCUUCGGCUAUCUCACCUUCUACGACGGGGUGGAGUCAGAGCUGCUGCACACCUACAGCAAAGUGGACCCAUUUGAUGUGCUGAUCUUGUGUGUGCGCGUGGCCGUGCUGACAGCAGUCACACUCACAGUGCCAAUCGUUCUAUUCCCGGUGCGCCGCGCCAUCCAGCAAAUGCUGUUUCAGAAUCAGGAGUUCAGCUGGCUGAGGCAUGUGUUCAUCGCAACUGGCCUGCUCACUUGCAUCAAUCUGCUGGUUAUCUUUGCCCCCAACAUCUUAGGCAUCUUUGGGAUCAUCGGUGCCACAUCUGCACCAUGCCUCAUCUUCAUCUUCCCUGCCAUCUUCUACUUCCGAAUCGUGCCCACUGAGAAGGAGCCUGCAAGAUCCACCCCCAAAAUCCUUGCCCUUUGUUUUGCUGUGGUUGGCGUCUUGCUGAUGACCAUGAGUUUGAGCUUCAUUAUCAUCGACUGGGUCUCAGGGAGCAGCCCGCAUGGAGGAAACCACUAGGAUGACCCCCAUCCUGUUUUGUCUACUUGUCCUAGCACCCGUGCCUAGAAUCUCCAGCCCCUACUCACAGCCAGUGGCCAGGUGUGGGGCGGGGGGAGAAAGACAAGGGAAUCAGACUUGGUAAACAAUAUGGCAUUUGGCCCCUCCCAUAUCCUCUCUGUGGAAGAUUUUUGUUAAAGAGCCAGGACCAAGGCCCUUGGGCCACCACCUGCUGGGCUUCAGAGCUGCAGGGGCUUCCUGAACUGGGAACAGGGUGGAGUUGUUCCCUCAGAUCCCACCCAAACCCUUCAUCCCCCUCUGCAGCUGCAUUCACUAGGGCCCAGCAUCUGCCUUCUGAAGUUGGGCAUAUAGAGCUGAAACCUAGGCCUGAAGGCUUUCCCGUGCCCGGCUGCAAGGCCAGGGUCUGCUUCCAGCAGACUCAUCUCUGCUAGCCCACUUGCUUCCCCUCCUUUUAUCUCAUUGGCCCCUUUCAGACACUUGGACUAAGACCUUUGGAUACUCUUGUCCUCUUCUUCCAUCUCCUCCACAGGAGACUGUACCCUACCCACAGCUGGGGCCAGCAGGUUCUGCUGAGGAUGGGGCUAUGUACACACCUCCAAGGGAUAUUUGCCCUGUCCUUCACCAGUCCCAGGGAGGCUGGGACUCCUAUACCCCAAUCCUGGCCCAUAGCUCACAUUCCACUACUGGAAGAAGAGAGGCUGGGUCCACAGUGUCCUGCCCCUGAGGGCUGAAGACCCCAGGGACCAGACUGGGUCAUGGGUGGGGAAGUUGAAAGCCCCUUUUAUAAAUAUUAUGCAUAAGACCAGCUGUGGUUUAUAUUCUUGGUCUCCAUGGUCCCUGAGUUUCUGGAUUGGGGGCUAAGGGGUCAGGAUAUGGAUGGUGAUGGAAUUCCCCCUGUCUCCUUCCCUGGAUGAAGAUGGAGACAGGACAAGACCCCGACCCACCCCACCUCCUGCCUCCCAGACCAACCAGUGGCAUGCUGAGACCCGGCUCUGGGUCUGGGCCAAGCUCAGCACAAACCUGCUUUCUCACGGGGUGAGGUGGGGAGGAAUUAAUGAGGCUCCAGGAAGUGGGACAGAGAGAGGCCUCCGGAAGGAGGCAACGUGAGGUGCAUCCCCAGCAGCUUCUAAGAGGGUCUGAGCUGGGGGCAGCUGAGUCCAACAGAAACCCCAGGAAGGGCCCCCUGCUCUCCCCUGACUACCAGGCUGCCAUUUCAACCCUCUGUCAGUGCCUUGAGUAUAGGGAUAAAAAUUCAGGAAUCCUAUGCUCUGAUGAGCUGAUCUUUUUUAUUGAUAGUA